AAUAAGGCUAACCACUAUACCGUAAUGAGUUAUACCAAUAAUGAAUUGGCAAAGGCCGAAUUAGAAAUCUUGGAAGAUCAUAGACUUCAUGAAAAAUUGGUUAAUGAAGAAUUUAAAAUAUGGAAGAAGACUGUACCUUUAUUGUAUGAUACAAUUCAUACAUUUGCAUUGGAUAGUCCAUCUUUAGUAUUUCAAUGGUUACCAAAAUUUAGUUAUUCUAAUGAAAAUCAAAUAAUUACUGCCAAAUUUUUAAUUGGAACUAAUUCUAUUGAAAAUUCAAAUGCUACAAAUGGUGGACUGAAUUAUUUAAAAAUUGGUUCAGUAGAAUUACCUGGUAGUUUAGCUCCUGAUUUUACUAAACCAAUUUCAAAACCUACUAGUCUUAAUGCUGAUUUCUCAACUUCUAAUUUUGUAUUUAAUUUAGGUUGGAAACAAACUUCUGAAGUUAAUAAAUUAAGUUUAAGUCCUGAUUCUUCAAUAGUAUUAAGUUUUAAUGGUGAUGGGGUUGUUCAUUCUUAUAAUUUAGAAAAUAAUGAUGUUAUUGAUUAUAAAUAUCAUAAACAAGAAGGUUAUGCAUUAGAAUGGAUUUCUAAUGAAGUCUUUUUAUCAGGUUCUAAUGAUUCACAAAUUGCUUUAUGGAAUAUAAAUAAACCUUCAACUCCAAUUCAAUUAUUUAAAAGUCAUUUUGGGGCAGUAAAUGAUAUUUCAACAAAUUCAGUAGUUCAUGAAAUAUUUGCAUCUGUUUCUGAUGAUUAUACUACUCAAAUUCAUGAUUCAAGAGUUUCAGCUGAUGAUUCAAUAGUUUUGAAAAUUAAAAAUAAAUAUAUUCAAAAUGCCAUUAAAUUCAAUCCAAAUGUACAAACAUUUUAUGCUACUGCUGGUAAAGAUAAUGUGGUUAAUUUAUAUGAUUUAAGAAGUCCAGAUCAACCAUUCAGGCAAUUAGUUGGUCAUAAUGAUAAUGUUAUUGGAUUACAAUGGAAUAAUCAUGAUGCUACAUCUUUAACAUCUUGGGGUUCUGAUAAAAGAGUAAUAACUUGGGACUUGGAAAAUUUGGAUGAAGAUUUUGUUUAUUCACCUGAUUCAUCUAAUGAAUCAUCAAGGAAGAGAUCUUCUAACAAUAAUAAUAAUAAUAAAGUUGAUCCAUGUUUGAAAUUCAUUCAUGCAGGUCACACAAAUCGUAUAAAUGAUGUUGCUUUACAUCCUGUUAUAAAGAAUUUAUAUGGAUCUGUUGGUGAUGAUAAUUUAUUGGAAAUAUGGCAACCAAAGACAUUACCAGUUGAAGAAGAAGAAGAAGAAGAAGAGCCAGAAGAAGAAGCACCAGAAGAACAAGAAGAACCAGAACUGCAAAAAUCAUCUACUAAGGAUGAUACUGAGGCUUCUGCCCCUACAUCCACAAUCACUACCAAAAACGAUGAGCCAACAGCAGAAGAAGUCGCACCAACAAAAGCUUCAAAUGAUGAAGAUAAGAAGGUGGCGGUUGACGAAAAGAAACUGGAAGAUUCUACUACCGAUACUACAAAGGAUGUUGAAAUGACAGAAUAAUUGUAAUUGUCAAUACACACUACUUCUCUAAAUUGUUAUGUAUUAUUAGCUUGUAUAUCUAUAAAUUCUAUAAAUUAUAGUAAUUCCAAAAGUCUUUGUUCUUAUAUC